AUGGAAGCAGAAGCACUGGAGAAUGCAUCAGCGCAUACACAGGAGGCCUUUGAGACCAUAUUCUCCUUUGUACCCGCCCUUGUUCUGAAAUCAGCCCUCCUCCUGCAAAUCCCAGACAUAAUUGCAAGCGAAGGCCCGUGCGCCUCUCUUUCUCUCCACCAAAUCGCCGCCCGACUUCCGACCCAGACACCCAAUCUGGAUUACCUCUUUCGAAUCCUCCGAUAUCUUUCGGCCAGGGGCGUUUUCAUUCAAUCCCAGGCGGAUGACAACACGUCGGAGGUUCGAUUCUCGCUGAGUGAGUGCGCAAAGGUUAUGUACGUUAGGGAGAACAAUCUGGUGAGCCUGGUUCCGUCAGUUGUGAUGCAGACCCACGAGGUGAUGAUGGCCCCGUGGCACCAUCUCCAUGAAUGCGUGCUCCAAGGCGACCAUGCGUUCGAGAAGGCUCACGGGAUGGACAUUUGGGGUUAUGGGAAGGAUCAUCCGGAGGUCAAUUCUAUCCUCAAUGACUGCAUGGCGUCUUUCACCAUGACGGCCAUGAAACAGAUUGUGAGUUGUUAUAGAGGAUUUGAGGAAUUGGAGACGGUUGUGGACGUUGGCGGUAUUGAGCACGUGGGAGGCAAUAUGUUUGAGAGCAUACCACAAGGUGAUGGCAUAAUUUUAAAGAAUGUAUUACAUGAUUGGGAUGAUGAGAGCUAUGUGAAGAUACUUGACAAUUGUUAUAAGGCUUUGGGUGAAAAAGGGAAACUUAUAUUGUUAGAAGCUAUGGUAACUAAUUUGAAGGCACCAAUUGAAUGUCCUGAAAUACUUGGUGAUUUGGUUAUGAUGGCCCAUGGAAAUGGAGGACGAGAAAGGAGUGAGCAAGAGUGGAAUAUGCUACUUUCAAAGUCAUCCUUCUAUAUCAUCAAAAUCAUGGGACAUUCUAGAAUGCAUUCAAAGAUUAUAGAGGCUGAGAAGCUAAAAAUAAUGUAA